AUGGCCGAUGUCCACACGUUCCAUCUCUCGCAUCUUCCAUCGCAUCCUGUUCAUGUCUGUCUCUUCAAAGGCGUGGAAAACACACCUUUUCUACGGCAGCAGUUGCUUGCCGGUAACAGCGAAUUCGAGUAUGCUUUCGUGGAUGCCACUACGAUCUUAAGCCCGACCCAUCUCCUCUCGGCCGUCUACCGUGCGAUCGUCGACUCUCUGAACUCUCGCCUCCGCAGCCGGAACAUCCACUCCGAGAUAGUCUUCUCCCUCUCCCCAAACAACAACAUCGCCGAGUCGUUCCGCCGCUUCGGCAUCUCAGACUCUACAGCCUCUUUGCUUGCUGUCAAAGUCGGGUCACCUGACAACCCCAACACCACGGCAGAAUCAGUGCGGAAGCAUCUGACGGAGGUCGUGGAAGGGAGCGCGGUGAAGUUUGGAGAGGAAGAGCUGGAGAGGAUUGCAGAUGUGAAGAAGAUUCGGAAGAUCUACAAGCUUGAUGAUGGCGGGGAAAGGACAGGGAAGGGGGAGAGGAAGGGCGGAAAAAAGGCUAACGGGGUAGUGAAUGGAGUUCACGGGCCGGAGAGCGGACUGGAUGAGCUUGACGAGCUUGACGAGCUGAGGGAGAUGGAGGCUGUAAUCCUUGGAAUCAUGGCGUUGAAGGGAUCUUGA